GGAAGAAGAAGACCUGCCACAUGUCUGUUGUUACAAGGGCAUUCUUCUUCCUCUUUGUUAGCAAUGUGAAGCCAUGGCAAAUACAACUUCUUUGUCAAAGGCAGAGAAAAUUGCAGAGUGUAUUGCAAUCUGCAAAAAUAGCCCAGAGAGAAGAGCAAGAAAAGGAAAAGGACCAAUACCCAAGGCAGGACCUGCACUUCAAUUCUGCCCUGAGGACAGUGUAAAAUUUGAAGCAGCGCAACAAAAUGAGCAUAGUGGCCCGUAUCUUUCUACGGUUGCAGUUACUAAUCGCUGUUCCAGGAUAGUCAACAUCAGGUUUACCAGAGACCCAGAAUUCAAGUUCUGCCCCGCAGAGAUCUUCCUAGAUUCUGGAGAAACGUCACGGAUAAGCAUCACAUUUUACAAUGACGAUGGCAAUUGCCGGCCUAGAAAAUCGUCAAUCAUGCUCCGCGCCAUACGGGUCCGAAAUCGAGAGCCCCUUGACGUGCAGAAACUUUGGCUUUCCACAAGGGCUCGAGUGAUCAGAAGAAAAUGGUGGAAGAUUACUUUUCCACCUCCACCUCCACCUCCGACACAUCCGCUGAACGCGGGAGAAGCAGGAGUUAGAGUAAUCACGUCUGAGGAAAACGAACUUGAGGACCUUGGAAAACGACCGUCUAUUGAGGAAGACGACCUUGUACUACAAUGUGAUUCUACAAAUAUGGUACACAAGGAAUUACAAAUUCAAAGCAUUCAAAUCGAUGUAUCGGACCACAAGCAAGGCAUGAUCGACAACAGUCCACAAUGCAAGGAUGUCAUAGCAUUGGACCACAGCAGUGACCUCACUCAUAUCACAGAAGUAAUCUUUGUACAGCCACUUUUCUGGCUAGGGCUAGUGGCUGCUGUGGUCGCACUGUGGCACUGUGGGUAUGUUGUGUCAAGGACAGCAUCACGACCAGUACCAAUUCUACCUGACGAGUGUUUCGAAGAAAAUGGGAAAACAUAUUGCUUAUAGUACUAACUUCGUGUAUCGUUUUGCAGGAAGCAUACCACUAAAGAUUUGUAUCAUCCA